AUGGCGACCUCGACUGCUCCUAUCUCUCUCGAGGCCUUCAGCGAAACCAAGUUUGAGCACGCUGCGCAGUCCGGCCUCCCCGUUAGCUCUCCAACUGUUGAUUUGUCCGUUACCUGGGACCACGCGACGGGGAACGUGCUUGUGCAGAGGCCAAGGAAUGAGCGGGCCACAGGUCAGUUUAUCGCCAUUGCUUGGGAUGAUGGAUACGUGCGUCUUAUGGGCCUCGAGAACAAUAAAGCAGCCCAUAAUAUCGGUGUUAUAGAGGCCGGGCAAGCCAAGAUUGCGCAUAUCGGAGACGACUCGAUGGUUUUCACCCUAAGAAGCGGAAUAGACUUCCUCUUCCAGCCUUUUAAACCAGAAGAUAGCGAAGAAAUCUCUGUCAUGAUUGUCGGUACCGACAAGAACGAUAUUCACAUCAGCAUUUACGACUCAUUCACGGUCGGAACCUUCAAGUAUCAGUCUCAUCAGGAUCCUCGGACCGACUUGCGCCUACUUCACCAUGCCUCCCAUCGCGAUCUCUCCACCCAUACCCUUGUCUUCCAGUCAGCUCAGAACACUUUGGACAUAGUUCCAUUAGACUUGCAGGCGUUCCUUCAUAUGCAAGUCGAGUUCAAGAACACUCGAGAUCUACCGUCCCGCUUUCUCGCAAAUGUUCAAGAGGAUCUCCAGGGAGCUGAGAACGGGCCGCGAGAUAUCGUAUCGGCCCUCUAUCACACCCUUGUCACGGGUCACACCUAUGAGGUUGUGAAGGAAUGGCUAGUCGACAGCUUAGCGGAGCGUGGCCAUAAACGGUGGGACAAGGCUGUGGUUUCAGGCCUAGAAAACCUCCGAGGCAUUAUCCACGAAAAUUUCCUACCCGCUCUCGAGCGAUGCGGUGUGAUCCUGAGCCGGCUCAAAGGGUUUGCCCAAUUCUACGAGUCUCGCGACGAUACUGGUCUUUCGGUGAUACGGAUAACCCGCCUGAUGGACACGGUUGCGUGCCUCAGCCUCGUUGGUCACCGGAUGCUCCUCAUCGUCAUGGAAGAACUUGAGCUGUUUACCUCGUUUUCUGCGUGGCUGAGAUUUCAGAUUGAUCGUUUAGCGACGAGCUCCGGUACUGACGAGCUGAUGGAGAAGGAGGCCACGAUGAAUAACAGCCACGUUCUGACAUAUCUUCAAAAAUACCUUCUGCGGAGCCCCUUGGCGGUCUACCUCGCCGACGACGAAGCAGAAGGGGACUGGGAGGCCGUUGCGAGAGGCGCAUCUCUCCUCGAGGCCCUCGAUAAUCAGCUAAAAAACAGGAGAUGGGGCAGCACGCUGAAAAGAAGUGUGCGGUUCGGUCAGUCAACAAGGAUUGCCCUGGAACAAGAAAUUAGAGCCAUCGAUAUCCAGAUGGAUGCGGUUCCCGGAACAGGGGAAUCCACCAACGGUUUAACGUAUACUGCGGUGGCCACCAAAGGCAGGGGCCAGGACGUCCUCCUCUUCCGCACCUCUAUACCCAUCGUGAAUGGAAUAAGCAGCAGCGCCGAGACCCAUUGCUGCACCAUCUCCACACCGACCGGCGAGAUCACCGACGUAAAGUUCCUCGCGCCCACAACCCUACUCAUUCUCACUUCAGAAGAAGACUCCUCUCCAAUUCUCCUCUCGCUUCGGCUCUCGGCCGUGACCCUCCCUGGACCCCAUAUACUACCUCUAGCCAACCAAUGA